CAGUGAAGCACCUGAAUGCAGCUUCAAAACAAGGUGCUUCUUCACGGGCAUAGAGCAGGCCCCGUUUUGGGGCUUCAUACCUAAGAGGUAACCCGCUCGUGUGUAUCAAAGCAAGACUUCUUACUGCUUUCUCAAACCACUUGAAAACUAAGGAAACCACUUCAGGCUCGAAAGAAAGUGCACUUUCCAUCUUCUGCUUCCCGCUCGCUACCUAGGUAAUCACAAACCUAACCCAACAUCGAUCCGCCCAACCUCUAGUAGCCUGCCCUCCUUCGUUUUACUUGACAUCAACAACACUAUCAAAUACUCGGUACUAUAUACCACAUCCAUAAGUACAGAGCUGCUCGACUCAAGAAACGCCCAAGAUGUCUUCUCCAGGGGCUGGCAGCCUCAGCACCCUGUCGAGCUACGCCUCCUCCGCACCCGAUCAUCAAGGGCAACACGCCAUCGGCCUUCCACUUCCCGCUACGGCUCAACCUACCACAGCCAGAACUACUACUACACUGCCGCCAGUGUCUCCAUCAUCUACUGCCAACGCAACCAACUUCCUCACCAACAACUCCUCAACCCCCUCCAACAAUAUCAACAACAACAACAACAACAACAACAACACCCCCAACCUCCUCAAUCCAACACGCACAGCCACAAUCAACUUCAACCUUCUCCCCGAGCUCGAAACCGGGCUCGACAUCGACAGGCUCAACUACCUCUGCCAAAAGCAACAGUUCAUAACCACCACCUCUACCGACAAACAGCCAGAAGAGGAAGAAGAGCCAGAAGAACUUGGUUGGAAGGAUGCAUACGAAGUCAUGAUCAAAGUUCCCCUCCAGGGUCUUGCGGCGUGGGCGAGAAGGUGGAGAAGGGCUAGAACUGAGAGGGGGCAGGGGAUGGUGUAAGGAAGGGGACAGACAGAAACUCGCAUGGCUUCGUCGACUGGAGAAGAAGUUGGCGUGUAAUUAGGUAACUACUUAACCAACAGACCAACGGAUUUGGCAUUGCGCGACGAACAGAAUAUGGGGUUUCAGUUUCAUCAUUGGGAAGAACGAGGAGUGGACAAGGCAGAGAAUUGGAUUACGGGCAACCGCAUUAGCACUUUUUGUUGUUGUUUUUUUCCGCCGCCCUGGCAAGGGUAGAGAGACAGGCUCAGCGAAAGAUGAUGAUCUUACCUUACUAGCAGCACAAUAACAUCAUGACAAUAGUAUCACCCAUCAACCCAAGCGAGCUAGCAGUGGUCAGACAUAUAUGUCUGCUAACAGUUUCUGUGUAAAACAAGUUGAAAUGGUAUUUGCCCAAGGAGCGUACCUAGUCAGUUAUUUGCUUAAUGUGCGUGACAAUCUGGUGUAGCUUGACCAUCCAUCUCAGCCUUCCGCUGCCACAAAUCGUAUGGUAUCUCACGUAUGGUAUCAUCCUUUCUCCCUUCCUGACUUCCUUCCUGAUUUCCUUCCUGACUUCCUCUCAUCCUGUUGUUUCGGAACGGCAUGCCGA